AUGUAUCUGGUGUUUCCUGGCUUUAAUAUGAGUUUUCAUUCAAAAAGAUCAUUCAGCACUGCGCUGCUGUGCUGCGAGAUUAAAGCACCUUUUAAAACUAAUGUGAAUUCAAAGGGACCCGUUAGGUUCGACAAGAACUUUCCCGUCUACGAGAGAACAAAGGCAUGGGAUCGGGAAGGCAUGGACAAAGAUACUUUCUUCAGAAAAAAAUACGCGCACAUACAUGUGAAGCAAAAGGCUAUUAGAGACGAAAGACGUAUGGUGAGGGAAGCCAAAUUGGAGGGGAAGAUGGACUCUAGACCUACGAGGUUCCAAGAGCAGCCUAGAAGGAUAGUGACUGAUUCGAUGUACGAUUAUGUGUACGGAACUUCGCCUGUGAUCGCUGCUUUGAAGGCAAACAAGAGAACGCAUUUUGGAACAUUGUAUGUGUACAACCCCAAGGACAAGCACGAGGAAAUCUUGGAGCUGCUUCAGGCGAGAGGAGGAAAGCACAAGUUGGUGGACUCUAGGGGAGAGUUGUUCCAACUGGCUCAAAAUAAAGCCCAUAACGGUUAUGUUCUCAUGUGCAAUCCCCUGAUGCCUUUGGAGAUUAGAGCUUUGGGAAAAUCUUCGGCAGAGACCUACUCUAUCGUGAAGCAGGAGGUUGGAGAGAGUGUCACCGAAGAGUGCCCGGUUUCAAGAGAAACUGCUAAACAUCCUCUUGGUAUAUAUCUCGAUGAAAUUUCAGAUCCGCACAAUUUGGGGGCAAUCCUGAGAUCUGCAUAUUUCCUUGGUGCGGAUUUUGUCGUGCUUUCGGAUAAAAAUUGCGCACCAUUGUCGCCAGUCGUCUCCAAGAUCAGUGCUGGUGCCAUGGAAUUCAUGCCAAUCUACACGUCUCCCAAACCGGUCGAUUUUUUCGAAAGGAGUCAGGAAAAUGGCUGGAAUAUCGUUUCUACCGUGGCGCCACAUGCUGCUAACAAAAAUUACGGAAAUAUGAUAAAACCUGCCCAUUUGCAUCAUCUGGUUGCGGAUGCACCAACCCUGCUGGUGGUGGGAUCGGAAGGUGAAGGAAUCCGCACGAACCUGAAAUCCAGAAGUACCCAUCUGGUCGAGUUGCGGAGUCCCAGAACUGAUCUUGACGAGUCAGUUGACUCGUUGAAUGUGAGCGUAGCCACUGCUUUGUUGUUGCAAAAUUUGUUGCAGUAA